UGGUAAAAGAAUCACCAACUUUCAACCUUUUAUAGCGUGGAACAUAAUUUUCCCACACAUUCCAAUCUCUCAUGCUAUGCUAUCUACACCCUUUCUCAUGAACCUUUUCAUGGCAAGGAAAAAGGGGAGAGGCAGAGGCGGUGCUGCUGCCGAUCAAUUGGCGGCAGUGAAAAGCGCUGCAUGGGCGUGGUACCAACGCGGAUCGGGGUCAGAGGGGAAGCAAAUGCCAGAGUUCGAUGUCAUGAGGACUCGCCGAGCCCCUAGACCGUCGGUUUUCAAGCUAGAGGCCAUAAGAAUAGCUGAAGAAGCUGUCGGGAAGGGUUCACAAACGCCAAGUUUGAUCCGUACUGACAAUUCUCUUCUCGAUAGAUAUGAAAUCGCGAGUAUUUCCCGACGUUUGGAUUGCCUUAUAGAAUCUAGCGUCAGCAACUCCCACAGAAAGUUGAUAGGCGGAGAUCAUGAUCAUCCCCAUGAAAAUACGACGGUAGGGGAUAAUCAUCAUACUAUUGAAAUGAUCAAGAAAAAGAAGAAGAAAAUGAAAGGGUUUUGGGUAAGGCAUGCAGUUACUUGUGGAACAAGAGAAGACGUAGCGGAUGCAAGAGCUUUCAGGGAUAUCCGGCAACCUCAAAAGCUUGCACCACCGGUAGUUAGCCUUGCCACCUGUCGUCCACGGGCCACCCAUGCCCGAUAAUCGUUUGACACGUAUUAGAGUGUCGGAAAGUUGUACUGUAAUUCUCUACCUCCCUCGGCUGUACUUUAAUUUGCCAAGAGAUUUACGUAGUACGUGACUGAAACAGAAGAUCUGCAGAGAAAGGAAGCUGCUUAAUUUGUUCGAGCAGAAGCCCACCAUUGGGAAGUCAUGCCCAAGCAGAGAGACUGAGGAUUGAAGUCAUUUUGCUAUUUGGAAGAGACAAAAGAGGUGGACCUAUUGGACGUCACGAUUCACUGCCAUAGCUUGCAUGGGUACAAUUUUUUUUUUUUGCUUUAUUAAUUCUAUGUCACAUUUUAUUUUUUGUGUUGGUGUAUUCAUGAAGUGUAUGGUUGGAAAUGUUGUCAGAGAAAAUAAUAUUAUCAAA